GGUGUUUUGGUUGUUAAUGUCACAUGGCGGAAUAAGACAUACGUUGGUACUUUACUAGAUUGCACGAAGCAUGACUGGGCACCUCCAAGGUUUUGUGAUUCACCUACAAGUGACCUUGAAAUCCGUGGGGGUCGUGGAAGAGGAAAAAGGGCAAGGUCAGCAGCAUUAGCUCCUGGUGGUGAUGUAAAUUUUACAGAAUUAAGAGGACUCCACAAUAAGAAUAGAGGAGGAGCUAAUGGAAAAGGGAGACGUGGAAGCAUUAAUACAUGUGGUCGCCGUACCCCUCCAAAUUGUUCAAUAGAGGAUGUUAAAGCAAGCCCUUCUCCUGCUGGCAAAAGAAAAAAUAAGCCUCCUUUGGAACUAGAUCUCAAUUCAAGUUCAGAAGACAAUAAAUCAGGAAAAAGGGUUAGAACAAAUUCUCGUAGCAUGCCAACCACUCCACAAGGCAAAAAUGACUCUUCUUUUUUGGAUCAAGGAUGCUCAUCUCCAGUUUUAAUAGACUGUCCACAUCCAAAUUGCAACAAAAAGUACAAGCACAUAAAUGGGCUGAGAUAUCACCAGGCACAUGCACAUUUGGACGCUGAAAACAAACUGGAGUUUGAGCAGGAUAGUGAGGACAAAGUUUCAGAUUGUGAGGAAGCACUGAGCAAUGUGGCACUUGAAUGCAAUGAGUCAAGCACAAGUUUGGAUCCAAUAAAAACACCCAUGUCACCCGGUUCACAAAGUGCACCUGGCACACCAAAGGGCAAACGAGAUUUAGCAAACAACUGUCCAAAUCAAAUUAAUUCUAAAAUAGGCAAGAAUUCUGGAAAAAAGAAAGUUCUUAAUGUGGAACUUAAUAACCUUCCCAUAAUAUCAAACAUGACAGUUUCACUGGACAAUUGUGCAGUCUUAGAUGGCAACCUUACAGUAGAAAUGCCAAAACUGGAAGCAGAAGGACUAAUUGACAAGAAAAAUGAAAAAGGUAAAAAAUCCAACAACUAUAAGGUUGAUAAAAACCUUUCAAAGCUGAAAACGGCUCGGCCAAUUGCUCCGGCUCCAGCUCCCACACCUCCUCAAUUAAUAGCUAUACCUAGUCCAGCCUUUACAAACACUACUACAGGAACAAUAACAGGAUUACCCUCUUUAACAACUCCUGUUGGCCAGGCAACACCAAAGAGCCCCCCAUUAAAACCUAUUCAACCAAAGCCUACAAUUAUGGGUGAGCCAAGCACUGUAAAUCCUUCUCUCACAUCACUCAAGGACAAAAAGAAAAAAGAAAAAAGAAAACUAAAGGAGAAGGAAAGUAAAGAUGCUGUAAGCCCUAAGGCAGACUCUAAAAUGUGUAAAGUAGAGGAUUUAAAAGGAUCUGGAAAGGAUUUAUCUGGUAAUUUUUUAAAAGAUCAUCUUAACAAGAAUGAAUCUCUUACUAAUGGACUGUCAGAAACACAAGAAAGCCGAAUGGCUAGUAUCAAAGCUGAAGCCGAUAAGGUCUAUACAUUUACAGACAAUGCGCCCAGCCCAUCUAUAGGAAGUGCCUCUAGGGUUGAAUGCAGCACUGUGAUAAAUGGACAAUCCCCCAUGGCUCCUUUGCAUGUCAUGACACAAAAUGGUGGUGAUAGUUCUGCUGCUAAGACAAAUAGUCCAGCAUACUCCGAUAUUUCAGAUGCUGCUGAUGAUGGUGGUUCUGAUAGCAGAUCAGAGGGCAUGAGGUCAAAGACUAGCUCUCCCUCAGAUAUUAUAUGUAAUAAAGACAAUGUUGUUAAGGGUCAUUCUACACCUAUUUCUCAAUCAUCUCAGAUGAAAGAAUCUCAUUCUCCAUAUUAUCAUGGUUAUGACCCUUAUUAUUCCCCAACCUAUGUGCAUUCUGGACAGGUCAACACUGCUGUAACUGGAAAUAUUAAUUCCUCUCAGGGUGGUAAAAGCAAAAAGGAAGCAGAUGAAGAUGUUGAAAAGAAAGAGAAAUCAGACAAUAUGGAGACUAAAAAGAAUGACAUAAUUUCUAAUAAUGUGCCACCUCAGCACCAAUCUGUUAUCACACAAAGGCACCCUGCACUAGCCCAGUCACUUUACUAUGGACAGUAUGCCUAUGGACUAUAUAUGGACCAAAAGUCUUUAAUUGCAUCAAACCCUGCAUACAGGCAACAGUAUGAAAAAUAUUAUGAAGACCAGAGAAUGGCAGAGCAAAAAAUUGUGCAAACUGGAAGGGAGUGUGAUAGAAAAACUGACAGUUCAUCUAAGGAGCCAGGCAAGGAUGAUAGCAAAUUGAAAAAUAUGCCAUCUGCUACCAUUUCAAAAGCACCUUCUACUCCUGAACCAAGUAAAGUGAACUCUAAAAUAGGUGUUGUCAGUAAAACAGAGGACCCUGUGAAACCCCAAAUGUUGCCUAAUCAUCAGCAACUUCCAUGUGAUAGCUUCAAGGCAAAGCAAAUGGAAAACCACCAACUUAUAAAAGAGGCAGUUGAAAUGAAAUCUGUAAUGGAUUCAAUGAAGCAAACAGGAGUAGACCCCACUGCACGAUUUAAACAGGAUGCUGACUCAAGAUGGCACCACUAUAUUUACCAGUCUAAGUACCUAGAACAGCAAAAAUCUGAAGAAAUAGAGAGAGACAAGAAGAUAAAGGAAGAACAUUUGCAGAAAACUCCUUCUAAAGAGAGUGUGUUACCAGUGACAUUACCAGUCACAAAAGAAGAGAUCAAAGAGGUCAAGCGCCCAGAAUCUCUGUUAGGAGAAGAAAGCAAGAGUAAGAAUGAGGACAGGAAGACUCCUGUAAACUGGAAAGAUUCAAGAAAUGCAAGAGUUGCUGUUUCCUCACCUAUGAGCCAACAUCAAUCAUAUAUUCAGUAUUUGCAUGCCUACCCAUAUACACAGAUGUAUGAUCCCAAUCAUCCAGCAUAUCGAGCAGUGUCUCCAGUUUUGAUGCAUAGUUAUCCAGGGGCUUAUCUUUCUCCAGGCUUUCCUCACUACUCAGUUUAUGGAAAAGUGUCAGGAAGAGAGGAAUCUGAGAAAGCCAGCACCAGUCCUAGUAUGAGCUCAAAACCAUCAUCUGAUUCAAAAGCAUUAGACUUGCUGCAGCAGCAUGCCAAUCAGUACCGCACCAAGUCUCCUGCUCUGGCAGAAAAAGCUUCAACUGAGCGUGAACGAGAAACAGAAAGGGAGAGAGAGCGACAUUCACCUUUUAGUCAACGGCAUCUUCACACGCAUCAUCACACACAUGUUGGGAUGGGAUAUCCUCUCAUACCUGGACAGUAUGACCCAUUUCAAGGGUUGACCUCUGCUACCCUUGUUGCCACUCAGCAGGUGGCUGCUCAGGCAUCUGCAUCCGGUAUGUUUCCUACACAAAGAAGGUAA